AGUUGGGUGAAGCCCUGGAACCGAUUUGUGAGGUGAAGAGAGAGGAGGAACCUUCCAUUGUGCAGGCGGAAAACCUUCCGACGACAGAACAGCUUUGUUCGAUACAGCCCAAAGUGUCAGCAAAAAGAGCCAAGCAUCCCAAGCUGGAAGCCUGUAGCAGAAGAUCUUCCUGCAACUGUGUGAAGGUGAACAGCGUGGAAGCCCUGCUGCGAAAUCCCUUUCCUCAGCGCAGUUUGGCUGAGCAACGCUGCAUUAAAGAGCUCGGUCCCGACCGCCCUGACCUGUGCAUUGUGCAAACCGUGCUGGAGAAAGGCAAGCCGGUCACCCGGAGGUUUAGCAGGGUCUGGUACGACCGGAAGGAGUGGCUUUGCGGAAGCACCUCAAAAAACGCGUUCCUGUGCUUUCCCUGCUUGCUGUUUGGGGGCGCCGCCACCUGGGCACGGACUGGAGUGGCAGACAUGAAACAGAUCUCCCUAAAGACGAAGGUUCACGAGGAAUCUGCAAAGCACAGGGAGAACUGCCUGAAGCUGGCAGAGUUGGGCAGAGUCAAUGGUGCCGAGCCAACCGACACUGGCUGCGACGCUCACACCGGGAAGCAUAGCCAGGAAGUGGAGAACAGCCCGCCUCAUCCCCGUGCUCUGGAAUGUCCCGAAUACCACCAUUUGGUAGACAAGCGAAAAACAAAGAGUCCUUUCUGGGUGCAUUUUGGAUUGCCUGCUGACGAGAGCGGCCGCGUGGUGUCCGACGGGGUCGCGAUUUGCAAAAUAUGUUUGCACUCUGUGUCCGCAAAAGGCAGAAACACCUCCAACCUCGGCAAACACCUCCAGCUCAAACACCCUCUGGAAUUUAGGGAGCUGCCUUCUUCGUCCAGAGACGUUUCCGUCCCUUCGCAUAAAAAUGCCAUGGAGCCGGCGGCUGAGACGGCAUCAGCGAGUGCUGCAGUAACUGUUGCAGAAAGUCCUAGUGAACAGCAAAACACCGCGUCGGAUUCUGAGCCACUCAAUCCUAAGAGCUUGAGCUCUUGUACUCAGGCGAUCACAGAGUAUCUGGCUACGUGCCUGGAGCCUUACAACACAGUGGACCACCCCAAAUUUAUCCAGAUGGUGAACACUCUAAAACCGGAAUAUCCGUUGCCCGGUAGAAAUUACUUCGCUACCGCAGGAGUUCCAAAGCUGUACAAGGACACGGUGGAGAAAAUGAAGAGAGAAAUAUGCAGGCUAACUAAGACUGAACUGGCCGUCACAACUGAUUGCUGGACGUCCGUAGCCGGCGCUCCGUUUGUGGCAGUGACGGUCCAUUUCAUUUCGGACGAGUGGAAGUUGACCGACGCUUGCUUGGCCUGUAGACAUUUUGGGAAGGAGCCCAGCGCAGCCGUUCUUUGUGAAAUGCUCAGAGACGCCUUAUCGGAGUGGGGCAUCGACGUGAAGAACGUAUUUUGCAGCACGACGGAUAACGGCGCCAAUAUCCUCAGAGCGGUCUGGCAGCUGGGCUUGGAGCACAUCUCUUGCUUCGCUCACAAUAUAAACGACGGGGUGAACCGAGCUCUGAACCUGACGCAACUGAGAAGGGCAGUCAGGAGGCUGAAAAGGCUACAAAACAGUAUUUGCCGUAGCUGGAAAAUGAGGCGAGACCUCACCAGAGCUCAGGAGAUGCUCGAGAUGGACAAGGUGGGUUUGCCAAGCGCUUGUCCCACAAGGUGGUGCAGUCUGCUCAAGCUGUGCCGAAGUUUUCUCGAAAACCAGCUCCCGCUGUCCAAGGCACUUAUGGAUUAUCCGUCUAAAAGACAUUUGAUGUUGGAAGGUGACGACAUCUCGGCGGUCCAAGACUUUGUGUCUGCAGCUACCGUGUUAGAGGACCUCACCACGACUCUAAGCGGAAGCAGUUACAUCACAGCCUCAUCUGUUCUGCCUCUUUACAGGCAAAUUAAGAAAAGUCUCCAGCCCCAGGAGGGAGACAGUGUGCUGCUGAAGGACAUUAAACGUGAAAUUUUGGGUGCGCUGUCGGAAAAGUACGACAGCACCCCCACCGCAACCACUUUAGGCCUGGCCUCAUUGUGCGACCCCCGGUUUCGGCUGCGUUUCUUGGAAGCUCCUGAGGCUGUCAGGCAGGAGGCCGUGAAGAAGAUGGCGGACUUGCAAGGGAGUCUGCGUGCUGCUUCGACGGAGCCCAGUACUGGCCCUGCUCCACCCAGAAAAAGGACGUUGGCAAAAAUCUUCGGUUUAGAGGCAGAAGAGGCGUUGGCGGAUGAUGCAUCGAAAGCAGAAAAAGAGCUCAAUGAGUAUAUGGCUAUGCCGCGAGUGAGCUUCGAUGAAUGCCCUCUGACGUGGUGGAAGGCAAAUGAGGCUUCCUUUCCGAUGUUGAAGGUGCUUGCAAAGAAGUUUUUGGCUAUCCCAGGAACAAGUGUGCCAUCCGAAAGCGCGUUCGGCACGGCUGGCGAUGCUCUUCAAAGACAAAGGGUGUCUCUUUUGCCAGAGAACGCCGAAAUGCAAAUUUUCCUUGCAAAAAAUAUAAAUUUCAUUCAGUAAUA